AUGACCCAAAUACGGCAAAUCGUAUUCAAUUCCUAUCAAGGUAAUUAAACUUUUUACCUAGUUUAACAUAUUAAUCCAGUUUAUUUUUUGUGGUAUAAUUAUAAUUUUAGAUUGCUUUGCUGUUGCCACGGACCAGGGAAUUCAGGUUUUUAAUUGUAGACCGUUGGUUGCUUUGUUGAAUUUGAGUAAGUGAUCUUGUUUACGCUUCUUUAUCUUAUUUUUUCUUAACGUAGAAGUUGAUUUGGUGGGAUCAAUAAAAUGCGUGGCUUUACUCGGACGUUCCAAUUUGAUUGCCAUGGUGUCAGCCGAACCGCGAGCGAAGUUCUCGAACAAGACAGGUAAGACAUUGACUGAGUCCUUUAUUCUUUAGUGAUGGUAUAUGAUGCCCUCAAGGAAAAAUUUAUCGCCGAAUUAACCGUUGGAUCUCCAGUUCUAAAUCUUGCCAUAUCUUCAACAAAGUAAGUAAUCUCCAUUGUUAAUUCGGUUUUUUUAGAUUAGUGGUGGUACAAGCCCAACAUAUUCAUGUCUUCAACCUGGAGUCCAACUUUUCCUUGAUCAGGCAUGAAGAAACGGGUCAAAAUCCUGGUGGACUGGUCGCUUUGAGCCCCUCUCCAAAGAAUGAAUAUCUUGUUUUCCCAAGUUUAAAGCCCGGCAGUAUUCAGGUUGUCAAUUUACAAUUUGCCAGCCAAAAGAGGUCAUCUGCUCCCUCCACCAUAUUCGCUCACGAAAGCGCAAUCAGCAAGAUUGCCAUAGAUAAUCAAGCCACGAAAAUUGCUACUGGGAGUGUGAAGGUGAGAAUAUUUUUAUAGUAAACAGCUUUACGUUCUAGGGAACUGUAAUACGUAUCUUUGAUACACAUUCAAAAGCCAAAAUAUUUGAAUUGAGAAGAGGUGCUCAUGCUGUUCAACUUUUUUGGUAGGUCAUCAUUUGCAUGGUAUAGUACAGAGUUUAGUUUCCGAUUCUCCCCUUCAUCAUCAUAUCUAGCCUGCUGCAGCGAUAAAGGUACCAUUCACGUUUUCCCAUUGACUCGCCAAAUUGAUGAUACUAUCAAAAACACAAAGAAAAUGUAAGAGAACCGUGUUUUAAAUUUUAUUUGAAUUUAGAAUUGACCAUGUCAUGAUGAAAGAUGAACGACGAAGUGCUUUUCAAUUUACAAUGCCUCAUCCAGAACAGAUUGCCGAAUGUGCCUUCUUGUCCGAGAGUGUGUCUCCUUCCAAAGUAGAUCUAAUGGCGGUAACAAAAGACGGAAUGUAUUACCAUUUCUACGAAUCCAGUCCGAAACCUCAAGGAUUUGAAUUGAUCUUCAAUUUGGCCACCGAUCAAGACUUUUGGUGUGUUAAAUGA